AUGGCUCUGCACAAUGCAAUUCUCGUGGUUCUUUUCGGCUGGCUCUCUAUAGUGCGAGCUAUUCCCGAAUGGCCGGCGCAAUGGCGACUAGCAGCUGAUGAUACACCUCUCCGGGGUUCGCGACCCCGCUCAACCAAGAUUCGUCAAACCGAGGACAUAUGUCAGGCUGGCUCACCGCAGUGGUCGGGAACUGUUCCAGUAGGAGAGAAUAGGGACAUGUUUUUUUGGUAUUUCGAAAGUCGAUCAGAGCCCCAGAAGGCGCCCUUGGUCAUAUGGCUCAACGGAGGACCUGGAGCAUCUUCGUUGCUUGGUGCAUUCCAUGAGAUUGGGCCAUGCUCGGUAUCUGAUGAUGGAAAGUCGACGACUAAAAAUCACAAUAGCUGGACGAACUUUGCUAAUAUGCUAUUCAUCGAUCAACCUAUUGGCGCAGGAUAUUCCGAGACAGCAGAUCCCGUGCUAUGGUCUGAAGAUUUAAAUGAAGGUGCCAUUGACUUUGACAAGUUUCUUGAUGGGUUCUUUAACGAUCUGUUUCCUGAACUAAAACAACGACCUCUUCAUUUUGCAGGCGAAUCAUUCGGCGGCCAGUACUUGCCGGUCUAUGCAAGCAUGGCUAGAAGAAGAUUUGCUUCGCUCAUCUUGGUCAAUGCACUCGUGGACUUUUCCGACUCAACACUCGGCUAUUUUCACCACUUUUGUUCGGAGUCAAAGGCAGACGGCCCCAUGUCGACGCGGUCCUUCAAUGAGACUGCUUGUUUAGCUCUAGCCGCGGGUUACUCUACUUGCGAAAAGUAUGGCUCGCUAUGUGGUCUCACAUAUGACGUGGAGCUGUGUCAGACUGCGUUCGAUAAGUGUUUACCGAUGAUGGAGGCAAUCUAUACACAAGUCUUCUCUGGCGAUCUGGAUCCUUAUGACGACAGGCGCAAGUGCCAGGAACCCCCAAUCUGUGCAAAUAUGGGAAUGGAACAGGUGCAAACAUACCUAAAUUCAACCAAGGUGAAACAAGCUGUUGGCCUCCCAGAGGACUUUCACUUCAGGCCAGUGAAUUUCGAUCUGAAUGCUCAUUGGGCUCAGCGAGGUCAAGAUUUUGUCCCGUCAACGCGCCAGCUAGUACACCUGCUUGAUUCAAAGCAAACCCCGAUACUAGUCAUGAAUGGGAACAACGAUGUUGUGGUCAAUACCGAAGGCAUCAUUCGGACAUAUGAUAAUCUACAGUGGAGUAAUCAUGCUUUGUUUCGUGCAAAGAAGUAUACACCAUGGUACUUUGAAGACGAUGAUGGCAGCACGACUCUGGGAGGAAUGAAAAAGACUGUCGGUAAUUUGACUGUUCUUACGGUUGAUAAUGCCGGUCAUAUGAGCCCUCAGGCACAGCCAAUUGGGGUUGCUGACGUUGUUGCGGCAUGGCUAAGGAAUUCCGGAUCCAGAGAGAGGUUGUGA